UGCGACCCGGAAAAGAGGCGGAGUCAGCUGUAACGUUAGCAACCACGCUGAGCGACUGGAACGGUGACUGUGAAGGAUUGUCCUCUGAAAUAUGUCUACAAAUACUCUCUGAAUUUCUGGUUUUGACACAUCCAGGCCACUUGGAUCCACCACAGAAGCGGCAUUUCUCCUUAUCGAGCAGGCCGGUGGGAGAGCGAUGCCACCGGCGACCAGCUGUGACUGCCCCCAUCUGGACUGCGUGGGGGAGAUCACCAAAGAGGAACUCAUUCAGAAAUCCCAUGGCCAGUGCCAAGACUGCAAAGUUGGAGGACCAAAUUUGUGGGCGUGUCUGGAGAACGGCUGUGCAUAUGUUGGCUGUGGAGAAUCUCACACCGACCACAGCACCGUCCACUCACAGGAGACGAGGCACAACCUCACCGUGAACCUGACCACGCUGCGAGUGUGGUGCUACGCCUGCGGCAAGGAGGUGUUCCUGGAGCGUAAACUAGGUCCUCACUCGUCCCACGCCAACAUCAAACCCCUCCCAUCGCCACAGAGCAUUGGCCAGGAUAACGGCAGGGCCCCUGGGAGCCCGACCUCUCUGAGAGUGCCCUCUAAUGGAGGCUGUGAAGACCUGGACAUGGAGACGGAGGAGGAGGACGACGUGCGAGCCAGAGGCCUGACAGGACUCAAGAACAUCGGCAACACCUGCUACAUGAACGCCGCCCUGCAGGCCCUGUCCAACUGCCCGCCCUUGACGCAGUUCUUUCUUGAAUGUGGCGGCCUGGUGAGGACGGAUAAGAAACCUGCUCUCUGCAAAAGCUACCAGAAGCUGGUGUCGGACCUGUGGCACAAAAACAGGCCCUCCUACGUCGUCCCGACCAACCUGUUCCAGGGGAUCAAAGCCAUAAACCCCAUGUUCAGAGGAUACUCUCAGCAGGACUCACAGGAGUUUCUGCGCUGCCUGAUGGAUCAACUUCACGAGGAGCUGAAGGAGCUGCUAGCUGAGCCCUACGACCAAUCCAACGGCAUCUCCUUGGACGACUGCUCCGAGGAGGACAGCCACAGCCAGUCAGAUGACUUCCAGUCAUGCGAGUCCUGCGGCAGCAGCGAGAGGGCCGACAACGAGCUGCAGGGUGGAAACGUGAUGAUGGACGACACCAACGAGGCGGAGAUGCUGAUUCCUGAGCCAGACGAGAUCCAAGCCAACAGGGAGUGGCAGAAAGAGAAGAACAUGAUUAACGACCUGUACCGCUCCGGGGUUACCGGCGUUAUGGGGGGAAGCACCGGAGCGGACAUCGACAAAGACGUUGACACCACCACCGAGACGACGCCCAUCAUCAGCAGCCAAGGAGCCAUCAAGGCUCAGAGCAGAACAUCAGAUUGCUUUCCAGAUAUCCAAAUGUGCAACACAACAAGACCGCAGAGUCCAGUCCCCAUGGAGGGACACGUCCCCAAAAUGUCCAGCAGCCCGCCCAAAGCCACCUCCGGCUGGCCCAGUCUGAACCCUGCACACAAGAAAGCGGUGACCACGUUCUGUCCACCAAAGAACAAGCGUCAGAAGAAAUAUCGCAGCGUCAUCUCAGACGUGUUCGACGGGACCAUCGUCAGCUCAGUUCAGUGCCUCACCUGCGAUCGGGUGUCCGUGACUCUGGAGAACUUCCAGGACAUUUCGUUGCCCAUCCCGGGGAAGGAAGACCUGGCCAAGCUCCACUCCUCCACCCACCAGACCUCCCUGGUGAAGGCCGGCUCCUGUGUGGAAGCUUACGCCCCACAGGGCUGGAUAGCGUUUGUCAUGGAGUACAUCAAGAGCUGGUUCUGGGGUCCAGUGGUUACGCUACAAGACUGCCUCGCUGCUUUCUUUGCCAGAGACGAACUAAAGGGAGACAACAUGUACAGCUGUGAAAAAUGCAAGAAAUUACGAAACGGAGUCAAGUUCUGUAAAAUGCAAAGCUUGCCAGAGAUCCUGUGCAUUCACCUGAAGCGCUUCAGACACGAGCUGAUGUUCUCCACCAAGAUCAGCACCCACGUCUCGUUCCCGCUCGAAGGCCUGGACCUGCAGCCUUUCCUGGCCAAAGACAGCUCCGCCCAGACCACCAACUACGACCUGCUGUCCGUCAUCUGCCACCACGGCACUGCCAGCAGUGGCCACUACAUCGCCUACUGCAGGAACGACGUCAACAAUCUGUGGUAUGAAUUCGAUGACCAGAGUGUGACCGAGGUGUCGGAGUCCUGCGUCCAGAACGCUGAGGCUUAUGUGCUCUUUUAUAAAAAGAGCAACGAGGACGCUGUGAAGGAACGCAGGAGGGUGUCGGGUUUGUUCAGUAUGAUGGAGCCCAGCCUCCUGCAGUUCUACGUCUCCAGACAGUGGCUGAACAAGUUCAAGACCUUCGCUGAGCCGGGCCCCAUCUCCAACGAUGACUUCCUGUGUCCGCAUGGAGGCGUGCCGCCCAACAAAGCAAAUCUGAUCGACGACCUGGUGGUGAUGCUGCCUCAGAACGUGUGGGAUCACCUGUACAGCAGGUACGGAGGAGGACCGGCUGUCAACCACCUGUACGUUUGCCACACCUGCCAGAUCGAGAUAGAAAAACUGGAGAAACGGCGCAAGUCGGAGCUGGACAUGUUUGUCAGGCUGAACAAGGCGUUCCAGGAGGAGGAGUCUCCGGUGGUCAUAUACUGCAUCAGCAUGCAGUGGUUUCGUGAGUGGGAGGGCUUUGUCAAAGGAAAAGACAAUGAUCCACCGGGACCCAUUGAUAAUUCCAAGAUAACAGUAAACAAGAACGGCCAUUUAACGCUCAAACAAGGAGCAGAUUCGGGGCAGAUCUCUGAGGAGACGUGGAACUUCCUCCACUCGAUCUACGGCGGCGGCCCGCUGGUCACGGUCCGGCCGAGCGUCAGCCACCAGGAAGCAGAAUCCUCACAGUCGGAGGAGAAGAUCGAGGUGGAGACGCGCUCCGUCUAAUCGGGCGUUUGGCAGCAAGCGACGAAAGAAACGUUCAAUAAAACAAAAAGCCUUUUAUUUUGCACUCGACUUUUAGUUUUGAAGCAUUCAAGCUGAGGACCUCAUCUUUCCUGCUACCUGACGGCCUUUGACAGGGGAAUUAAGGUGUCUGGGAAGGUUUGUCAAGUUGUACAAAUCUGUAUAAAGAGCUCUUAAAUUUCUAUUAGCACUGUAGUAUUCGUGUGUCAGAUUGUUUUCAGAACCAAGCAAUUUAAAUUAUGUGCAGCUAAAAAUUCCACUGAAUGCCAUAUUUCUUUUUUCUUUUUUCCUUGACCAAACGAGCACAUAUUGUAUGUCCAUGAGUCUUGUGUUACUCAUGUUGAUGAAUCAGAAUACAUCUUGCUGUAGAUAUCUCACAAUUUUCCUGUUGUAAGAGAAUAUUGUCGGACGAAUGGUGAGGAGAGCAAAAUGUGACACUUAAAAGUGGUGAAAAUCAAAAAGGUUAUGAAGGGACUAAAAGCUGACUAGUCUCAGGAAUGAAUUUUGUGUUUUUGCACUGUUCCGUAGACGUACAACUUGGCAUGCUCACGCAAACGUCUGCUUUGCAUUUGAAUGUACCAGUACUGAUAGUAUUUUGGUCAAGAUUCAGCACUUGGGUAUUUAUCACAGAAGGGAGUGAUCUCAUAAUAUGAUGUCUAUAGAUUUUUUUGUUUUUGUAGAAAAUGGCAGAAUGCAUGCUUUAACACUCAGUUUAACAUCACAUGUAUCUGCAUGUAAAUGGAAGCUGCUCAUAAAAUGUGCACGCAAUCCGGAUCUCUCUUCACUAAAGUGUACAGCUGCAGACAGCAUAUUGUAGUAUGUAAUCAGCAUCAUCAUCAGCAGCAGCAGUCUAAUCAAUUAAAGGCAUUAUUUUUGUGUAUGGGCAUGGUGUUGCUUCAUGUGUUGGCUGAUAGGGGCUCAACACAAUGCUGUACUUCCAAGUUUUAAGAUCUAUCCUGAUUUUUGCUGGCUGACACUAUUAAAACUUGAUGAAAACA